ACUGCCCCCAAACUCACGUAAACCGUCCCAAGUAAUAUUCCAAUUAUUCUGUCAUCGAACGUUUGACAGUUUUCAUCAUCAAGCCUUGAUACAGUGUACACCACGUAUGAGCAGUGAAAGCAAAGGAUUAAUUUCUAGAAUUUUUUUAUCAACGCAUUUUUAUAAGAAAAUAUAAAAUUAUAAGGACGUAAAAAGGAAAAAAAAAAAAUGUUAUCCAGAACAAAAACAUCGUCGAAUAAAUCGAUUCAAGAUGAAAUUCAUUCUGAUCAUUCGAAAGAGGCUUCGAUAAUUACGAAAAAAUUAAUACAUACUACGUUCGCUUCUAUCGAAAAUUGUCAAAUGCAUAAAAACAGCGUGUGCGAAAUGGAGAAGAAUGAUUUAAAAGAAACGAGAAAACAGGAAAAAAUGCAACUGGAGAAUGAAAUUUCAAAACUUCUGAAACCAGAAUGUACCAAGCUUGAUAUCAUCGAUUUAAAAAAUAUCGAAUCAAAAGUGGAAAAUGUCGAAACAAAAGAUAACAAAUCUAAAAGUUCAAGUAGUAUUGUUUUAAAUGAAGUCAACGUUACGCAGUACAAAAUGAUUCCUAUUAAUAAAGAUACUCAAGAACUUUCAAAUGUUGCUGUUCCUCGAAAAUAUCCUCCUCUUUCUACGCCAGUUUUAAAUGAACGCCCACUUGUUUUAACAACGCAUCUUGUGCCUUCGUUACCUAUUAAUUUGUUCGAAGUGUUUGUAGAAGCAAUCGAAGUUGCUACUGAGAAACCAGUGGUACUAUUGUAUGAACCUAGAAGCGAUAGACCAAUCGCAAAAGAGAUUGCGGAUAUUGCUAUUUUACCAGCAAAUAGAGAAUGGGAAGAUGGUAAGCUUUUACCUGUCAGUUUCUCUUUCGAACAUCAUCUUAAUAAAGAUAAUUCAUCGUGUGUUUAUGCUGAUGUUAUUGUUGCUUCGGAUCGUGCACAACAUGUACAAGACAUAAUAGAUUUUCGAGGUCAUAGAUGUUCUCUUCCAGAUCGGAAAAAGAACACCGGGGCAGCAACAUUGUUAUUUAAUUACUUAUAUACCAAGGGUGAAAAUCCAGCCUUUUUCGGAAAUAUUCUUGAUGCUGAUACACAAGUUGCUACUUUACAAAUGGUUGCAGGUAAACAAGCAGAAAUUGGAAUUUUAGAAUCUCCUGUCAUUAAGUGUCAUAAAAACACAUUACCAGGAAUUGAUUCUCUUCAUAUUUUAACGAGUUUAGGACCUUUACCACCUUACCGCAUUAUGGUACGGAAAACAUUUUCAGAUAUCCUUGCAAAAAAAAUUACAACUUAUUUGUUAAAUUUAAAUCAAGACAAAAAGUGGAUAGAUAGAUUUGCUCCUUUUGGUGUUACUGGAUUUACUAAAAAUUUUGAAAAAUUAUAUAAUUUUGAUGGCAUAAAAUCUGUAAUUACAAGUGUACCAUACUACUAAAAAUCAUAUUAUUCUUGAUAUAUCAAUUAUAGAUAUACGCAAAACUAUACAUAAAUCAUUUAAUAUUUUUACAUUUUUUUACAUUUUUUAUUUUUCAUGCAUUGAAAGUUUAAUAAAUAGAUAUGAUAUUCAAAUAAUGAUUUUUUUAUAUGUACAAAUUAGUUUAAAAUUCUUUUUUCAUGAGAAAAUUCUCACAUAUUAUAUUAUAUAGACAAUGAUUUACGAAUAUCAAUAACAGCUAAAAAU